GUGAGAGAAAAAAAAUCUUUUCUGCUCCAAGACGGAGACAGUAAUGUAAAUGUCUCCAAUUUGUUUUUAUUUGUAGCACUUGAAAGAAUAAAGUAGCAUCAAUGGCGUCAUUUUUUCGAAAGUGCAUAGCUCAAAAGCUGGCUCCAUUUCUACUUGGAAGUAAUAAAAAUGAAGUAGGUGACAUCAUUAGUUCAGUGUCUUCCUUUGUAAAAGUUGACAAAUAUAAAAGCAAGGAAACAAAACUAGUACUUUCUUGGAAGAAGCUAUGUGAUUCAUUUAUUUUUAAAGACAAUGAUCUGGAGCCAUCCAAAGUGGUUAGAUUACUGAGAAAUCAAGGACUUCCAACUGCUGAAGGAUUUAUUGAUAUUGAGCUGAAUGAAUCACGUAAUCCUGCUUUAGUAUUUACAGUUGAUGAACAUGUUUUUUCAAAGUUUGUUUUAAUGGACAUUAGUAAUACAGAAAAUUUAGUUCAAAACAGCUGCCUGUUUGAAAAUAUAUCUCAGAAGAAAGUACUAGUUGCCUGUAGCUCUUCUGCCAUUGGAGAUCUAUUCAGCAUGACUCACUUUCGUUCUGCUAUCCGUAGCAAAUUUGUUUUGAACAUCAAUAGAUUCAUUGGCCAUGAAGCUUUGCAUAUACGCCACAUUGCUGACUUUGGAUUGGGAGCUGCAAUUUUUCUUGCUGGCCAUAAAGAAUUCAGCUUACAUACAGAUUUAAGUUCAGACCCAAGUCGAAUACUAGAGGUAGGUAAAGCAGCUGACCAGAAGUACAAUGAUGAUUUGCAUUUUCAAGAAAAAGUAGAAAACAUGCUUCAGAAAAUGUUUCAGGGAGAUCAGGCAACGUUGUCAGAUCUGAAUGAUGUUAGAAGUGCAUGGAUGCAGUAUUAUGAUCUUGUUUAUAAGAAAAUGGGCCUAUCGUUUGACAUAACUCAUCUUGAUUCUAAUCAUAUUCAAGAAAUUAAGAAAAUUUAUGAACAAAUAGAUCUGAGUGAAUUUCUUUCUGUUGAAGAAAAAAAAGAAGCAGAAGCUGUGGGCAGCGCAGACUCUUGUUUUCAUAGUGGAAUUUCAAGACGUUUUCUACAGCAUGAGUUAAGCAGUUACAUUAAUGCUGCAGUGGUCAACAAAGAAAAGCAUAAAUUUGAUGCCAUGUACUUGAUUGCCCCAUCUUCAAAAAAAGCAUUUUUCAAAUUGUUUCUUCAGUUGCUGAAUAAGUUGGGUUAUUCAUGGUCAAAGGAGGUUAAGCUACUUGAACUAAGGAAUAUCCCUUCUUUUGACUCUAAGAAAAUGAAAGGUGCCCUUGAAGUUCUUGAUUUGGCCAAGCUUAAGAUUCUCGACAAAUUGCACUAUGAUUUGCAACUUGAAAUAGAUGAAAAUGUGGAUGCAAUGGCGGAAAAUCUUGGUUUCUCUUCACUGUGCCUUAAUGAUAUGAAAUAUCGUCCAAAUGUGCAAUACAAUUUUCUUUGGAAGGAUGUGUUAACUUUUGGCAAACAUAGUGCUGCUUCACUUCAAUUCUGCUAUGCUGGACUGAAAGGAUUACAAGAAGAUUCUGAAUAUAAAUUUAAACUUGACAUCGAUACUUCUCCACUUUUGGAAGGAUCAGCUCAUGAUUUGAUCAAGCACCUGUCAAGGUUUGAUGAAAUACUUUAUGAGUCCUACAUAAAUUUGGAGCCUCAUAAAUUGUAUCAAUAUCUUUGUUCUUUAUGGUUCUUUACUGACAGAGCUUCAAAUGUGCUUCGUUUGGAUAUCAAAGGGGACAGGCUCAUUGUUAUAAAAGCACGGCUUUUAUUGCUGUCUUCUACCUUAAAAGUACUAGAAGCAGGUCUAAAAUUACUAGGCUUGACACCUAUGGAAAAUAAAUACUCCAGGACUGUAAAUGUGCAAGACAAAUUGUGA